AUGAGUGUCUUUCUUUCAGUGCUGGCAGCGAUCUUUGUGCUUGUAAAUCCAGGUAAAUAGCUUCGAUAAGACUGUGUGUUUAUUCAUUCAUUUAUUUUUACUGAGCUUUAAUCAAACUUUCUACUUUAAUACUUUCAGGUGUCGCCAUAUUUACAAUGACUACCUGUGAAGGCAACUAUGUCCAUCGCCUGAGCUGUGGUAUGACUUGACAUGCUAAACUAUCUUUCCACAAGUUUAUUUUGGCAGCCCUUUAGAACUACUUUAAUUUAGUUUGUCACAAUAACUAUCACAUGACUUACUGCAAUGAUAAAAAGGAAAGAUCUGGAGAAAAAAAAAACAUGGAUGUGCCUUUAAGAGUCAAACAGAAACAAGUUGCAGUUUUUGAUUACUAAGGGAAAAAAUAUAAGCAGUUCCUCCAACACACUGGGGAAAAAAACAUAUUUUCAAAACUGUGCAAUCUUUUGCUGUAUUUCCAUUUUUUCUAAUUUCCCCCCUCUCUGCUGUGUCACAGAUUCUGGGAUGAUAAGAGUUCAGACUGUGCUGUAUGGACGUGGAGACAGUGUGACCUGCAGUGAGGAUCAAUCUCCACACAAGACCUCAAACAGAGAUUGCUCUAUGGCCGGAGCUCUGGAUAUCAUCAGAAAACGGUACAUGCAUAUUUUAUUGUGCUUUGUGUUAAGUUACUUGUGUGACUUUGUUUGCUCUGUCCACUGAAAUGUCUUUGCUGACUUGGGGACAAAGAUGGGUCAGAGACUGGCUAUGCUCCUGGGGGCAGUGUAAAAAGAUUAUGGAGCAGAAACACAAUUGUCUCAGUGAAAUUUCUGUAAUAUGGGACUGGAAUAUCAGUUUCGUCUGACAGAAUCCUCAUAAUUUAUGAAGGAGCCAGACAGAAAUAUUACGCCUGUUUUUGUAUUACAAUAAUAAUGAUAAGCAGCUGAAGCGUCACAAGUCUUAUCCCUUACCUCUAUAUUUACUCUUCAACUGUACAUAAAAAGUUUGCACAGUCGUUCAGUCAUACAAGGAUAAUUACAUUUUUAUACAUUUGUUAACUAAUUAUGAACACAUUAUGAGAAAAUCAUUUGCAUCACUGUAUUACAUCCCAGUUUUAAUAUGGUUCUGCUUGAAGCAUUCCCUCUAUUUCACUCCUGCAGGUGUGAUGGAAAAACUGUGUGUGAACUAGGCCUUACUGACAUCAGUGGUAGUGGGCCUGAUCCAUGCAGAGGCACCUAUAAAUACCUUCAGACCACAUACAACUGCCUUCCAGCAAGUCAGUCACGUCAGCAUUUCUUUGUAUAUUUUCAGGAUUAUAGUCCGUGGUCACUUAGUUUUGAAACAUGAAUAUGUGCAGCUAAUGUACAUCAAUAACACAUUUAACAGGAACUCUGUAUCAUUGUGUCAUAAAAGAGGGUAUUUUUAAUACUUUUAACCAAAGUGUGCAUUUUAUUGUAUGUUGUGCAAAUAAAUAUAAUAUAAUAUAAUAUAAUAUAAUAUAAUAUAAUAUAAUAUAAUAUAAUAUAAUAUUAUAUUUUAUUAUAUUAUAUAUGAAUACAGAUUUUCUUUUUAAACAAAAUGCAUAAAGGUCUAAAAUGUGGAUGUAAUGAUAACAUUCCAUCUCUUUUCAUUCUGUUUCACAGUAAGACAUGUGGUAUGUGAGAACUCCUUGGCACAUCUACAGUGUGGUAAGAUCAUGUGUCCUCUACUUCGUAUGGCACAAUGCAUGAGUGUGAUCUUAGUUUUAAUGACCUCUCUAUUAGCCCUGCUUGCCUGUUCCUCUUAUCAGGAGAAGGUCUGGUAAUAUUGGUCCAAAGGGCUGAGUAUGGACGUGCUGAUCGUACUACAUGCUCCUACCAACGCUAUGAGCCUAAACUUGCAAAUGUCCACUGCUCACACAUCUCUACCAAAGUUGCUGACAGGUUACCAGCUCUUCAUCACACUCAUGUUUAAGUUGAAAGGCAUUUGAGCUCAGUAAACUACAUUUACUUCUACUGAUUUUGACCUUCACUCAUAUCUGAAAUGUUAUUUUGAUCAAAAAUACCAAGGUUUCUUAAUACUCUUUUUGACUCUGCCUUCACAGCUGCAAUGGAAAGAACAGCUGCGUGAUUAGAGCCAGCAACUCGUUGUUUGGAGACCCCUGUAGUGGUAUCUACAAAUACUUGGAAGUGACUUACGUAUGUGAAUGUAAGUGACUUUGAAAGCCACUUUCAUCCUGUUAAUGCUGUUGUUUUGAACGCCUUCCUGCAAAAUAACCCAAUCACUUAUAUAUUUCUUUUCUGUCCUUUUUUUUCCCGCUGUUGCUUUUCAGAUCCUGCAAGAUCCACAGGCAGCUUUUCAGGCCUUUUUUACAUGCCAGAGACCAGAGGUCAGAGAUAUGACAGAGAUGAUUCUGACAGAGAUUAA